AUGUUUAAGUUAAUGCUAUUAGCGUCAGUGUUGACUGCAAUAUUGGCAAGACCAGAACCACCCGUUAAUUCUUAUUUACCACCGGGUGGAUCCCAAGGCGGUGGUUUUAGAGGUGGUGGUGGUGGAGGACCUUCCGACGGUUUUAGACCGCCACCAAUCGAUAGUAAUGGGCCUGGAGGUGGAAGACCAUCCAGUUCUUACGGUCCUCCAAGACAAGGCGGUCAAGGAGGACAAAAUCGCGGAUUUGGAAACCAAGGGGGAUCUGGAGGUGGAAGACCAUCAAGUAGUUAUGGACCUCCAGGAGCCCAAGGAGGUAAUGGAUUAGGUGGACAAGGCAAUCAAGGUGGUAAUGGAUUUGGAAACCAGGGAGGAUCUGGAGGUGGACAACCUUCAAACAGUUACGGGCCUCCAGGAGCUCAAGGGGGUAAUGGUUUUGGAAAUCAAGGAGGUGGAGGAUCUGGAGGUGGAAGACCUUCAAACAGUUAUGGUCCUCCUGGAGCCCAAGGAAAUGGUGGAUUCGGAGGACAAGGAGGACAAAGUGGAUCUGGAAAUCAAGGUGGAUCAGGUGGAAGGCCUUCAAGUAGUUACGGAGCCCCAGGAGCCCCAGGAGCCCAAGGCAAUAAUGGAUUCAGUGGACAAGGCAAUCAAGGGGGUAAUGGAUUUAGAAAUCAGGGAGGAUCUGGAAGUGGAAGGCCUUCAAACAGUUACGGACCACCUGGUGCUCAAGGCGGUAAUGGUUUCGGUAAUCAAGGCGGACAAGGUGGUUUUGGUGGACAAGGAGGAUCAAACGGUGGAAGACCAUCCAAUAGUUAUGGACCACCUGGAGCUCAAGGUGGUAAUGGAUUUGGUGGACAAGGUGGUCAAGGAAGUCAAGGAAGUCAAGGAGGUGGAUUUGGAAGCCCUUCAAACAGUUAUGGACCUCCUGGUGCUCAAGGUGCUCAAAGUGGCUUUGGUAAUCAAGGUGGACAAGGAGGUUCAGGAGGUUCAGGAGGUUCAGGAGGUUCAGGAGGAGGCAGACCUUCUAAUAAUUAUGGACCACCUGGUUCUGGAUCUGGCUCAAAUUCUGGUGGUUUUGGAUCACAAAAUGGACAAGGAUUUGGUCAACAGGGAGGAGGAGGUGGUCGUCCAUCAGACUCAUAUGGACCCCCGGGUGGUGGAGUAUCCGACAGUUAUGCACCUCCACCAUCUGGUGUUCAAGGGGGACGAGGAGGCCAAGGAGACCAGGGAGGACAAGGAGGACAAGGAGGUUCUAGUGGUUAUGGAACUGGAAAUGAAAAUGGAGGAUCCAAUGAUGAAGAAAGCAAUGAACCAGCCAAGUAUGAUUUCAAUUAUGAAGUUAAGGAUCCACAAUCAGGAGUUGAUUUCGGACAAACUGAGAGUCGAGAUGGAGACCGAGCACAGGGUAUGUUUAACGUACUUUUACCAGAUGGAAGAAAACAAAUAGUCGAAUAUGAAGCGGACCAAGAUGGUUUUAAGCCACAAAUAAGAUACGAAGGUGAAGCAAACACUGGAGCUGGUGGUCCUGGUGGAAAUAAUGGUUAUCCCUCAGGUGGUCCAGGUGGAAACAAUGGAGGUGGAGAUAAUGGUUACCCCUCAGGUGGUCCAGGAGGAAACAAUGGAGGUGGAUAUCCCUCAGGAGGACCAGGAGGACCAGGAGGACCAGGAGGAAAUAACGAUGGUGGAUACCCUUCUGGAGGGCCAGGUGGAAACAAUAAUGGAGGAUUCCCUUCAGGUGGUCAGGGUGGAAACAGUGGAGGUGGAUAUCCUUCAGGUGGCCCAGGAGGAAAUAACAACAACAACAACAACAACAACAACGGAGGUUAUCCUUCAGGCGGACCAGGAGGAAACGGUGGAUCUGGAGAUGGCUACCCAUCGGGUGGUGGUCCCUCUGGUGGAGGAUUUGGUGGAAAUGGUGGAUCUAGCGAUGGUUAUCCAUCUGGACCAGCAAAUAACGGCAGAGGUGGUGGUGGUAGUGGCAAUAACAGAAACGGAGGCGGUAGUGGUGGAUACCCAUCGGGUGGUCCGGGAGACAGCAACCAAAAUGGAUAUCCAUCAGGGCGUCUUAAUGGCGGGGGUGGUGGUUUCGGAGGUUCAUCCGGUGGAAAUGGAAAUGAAGGUUAUCCCUCUGGUAGACCCGGCGGUAACAGUGGCUUUGGUGGAGGUAAUAAUGGUAGAGGCAGUGGAAGUGGAGGUGGAUACCCCUCCGGAAGUGGUGUUUUGGUGCCGAUUAUUUUAAGUGUACCACAAGGACCCUCUUAUCUACCGCCGAGUGGUGGACGACCAACUGGUGGUGGUGGUGGUAAUGGACAUCCUGAUGAUUGGGCUGGGGACCCAGUGAAUUAUGAAUAUUCAUACGAGGUUCAGGAUGCGGGACUUGGUGUGGAUUUCGGACACCGUGAAAUGCGAAAAGAGGAUGAAGCCAAGGGAAGUUAUCAUGUUCUACUUCCAGAUGGGAGAACACAAUUUGUAGAUUAUGUCGCCGACGCUGCUGGGUAUCGACCUGUGAUACGGUACGAAGGAACCGCGACAUACCCGGCACCUGGACCCUCUGGAAAUGACGACGGCUACAAAUAUUGA